CUCGGAGUUUCCUACAGCAAAUCCACACAUCCAGCUUUCACUGCCUCAACCGCCAGCUUCCAUACGUGGCUCAGAACAGACUCUGGAUUCUCCUGUUUGCUGCUACAUACCAUCUACCAGGACCACUAACAGCAUCUUUCCCAGAAGCUCUGACUCUAACAGACAGAAAGAAUGAAGGUUACCGUUAUAAUUGUUUGCCUGAUUGGGGCAGCGUUUGCCAAUCCAAUUUUACACAAUGUUUCUCUGGCGUCAAGUCAGCUUGACUCGAACUCAACUGAAAGUUUGUCUGUUUCACAAUCGUCUGAAAAUGAUACCUCAGAGAUUCAGAGUUCUGAGGAAAACAUCUCAAAUCAAAGUUCAGAAUCAGAAUCAGAAUCAUCAGAAUCCACAUCAGAGGACAAGACUUCAGAGGAGAGUGACAGUCAGUCAGAUGAGGACGAUGCGAAUGACUCUAUGCCUGAAACCCAGGAUGACAGCAUGGGUAGUGAAGAGAAUGUUCGAAAGAGUUGGGCGCGAGUGUUUGCAAGUGUAGUCAAAGUCCUGAGCGCAGAGGACAACAGCAGCACAGAGGUCAGAGGUCAGCCAGAGUCCCUGAGCAAAGAGCUGGUGGAGAAGCAGUCCAAGGGUCACACGAACCUGGAGAACCCCACGGACAGCAGCGACACCUCCAGCGACAGCGCCGACACCAGCGACAGCGCUGACGCCACGGCGGCCACCAGCGACAGCAGCGACAGCACCAGCGAAGAAAGCGACGAGAACGCCAGCGACAGCAGCGAUGCCAGCCAGAGCGCAGAGGACAGCAACGCCAGCGACAGCUCAGAGCUGGCACAAGUCAAAGACUGUGUGAACGGAACGCAGAGCUGCGAAAGUGAAGAGUAUUUCUUCCAGAACAUUGGGGAUGACAGCCAUUUCUCAGUGGACAAUCUGAUGGUGCCGGAGGAGGAUGAGAGGCAGUUGAGCCUAAGAAGAUGAUGACGUGUGCAGCUUCCCACUAUGAACUACAGCACUAUUACAUGACCAGCCUGAAGAGUUCAGGAUGACACAUUUGCUUUUGCCCAUUGCUUCUGAACGUUCAUUUCGAUAUUAUGUUUAUGUGUGAAUAUUAUUAUGAUGAUAACUAUAGCACUUACUUUGUUUUGAUAAUAAAUAAUAAAGAAAUUAUAUAACCAUGA